GUCGUGGUGCGUUCAGGGGCAGGAUCACUGUUUGCCGGCAGCGGAGCGAGUCGCGUGUGUUCGCCGCCUCUCUGGAGAAGCGUGACGGACUGAAGGAGGAACACCGCCGGGAUCUUUUGUCGUCUCAUCACCGCGGCCCGGCAUGGAGGUUCUGCUGGACACCUGUGGACGGCUGCGAGUCCGACCUCUGCUGUUAAUGUACAUCUUUGUCCUGAAGGCAGCAGCUGACUGUCCCCAACCUCAGGGAGGAGAAAACAUCGUCUUAUCCAACGAAGCACUUCUAAUGAACAAAUUUCCGGAAGGUUCCGACGUGACGUUGGAGUGCGCCAAUGGAUAUGUUAAAGAGAGCGGCUCUGGGGUCACAACCUGCGCUGACACUAAGUGGACUGAGCCAGAUCUCAUAUGCAAAAAGAAGGACUGUGGUCCCCCUAAAAUGCAGCCGCACAUGAUCUUCAAUGCCAGUCAUGGUACCCUGUUUGGUGCUACAAUAAGGAUAACAUGUGAUACAGGGUACCAGGUUAGUGGGAACAGCUACAAACAGUGCCUUGUAACAGGAUGGACCGGAAGAGCAAAGUGUGAACUUGUAACAUGUGAUAUACCUGCUGAAGUGGCCCAUGGCAAACGCUCGUGGGAGUCGGAAGACUACCCAACAUAUGAACAGGUCAUACGAUACACCUGUGAUGACGGAUACACCCUCGUCGGGAAGGACACACUUGUGUGCAGCGACAGUGGUGAAUACGAUUCUGAGCCUCCUGAAUGCAAAAGUGUCACAACAGAAAAAAUUACAACAACAGUGGUCACGUCAACACCUACACCUCCGGCACAAGAGGCGUCCACUUCCACAGACCCACCUGCCACAUCCACAGCUCACAGAGUUAAAGCUAACACAGCCAGUGCAACAUCAGCUGUGUCACCUACACUACGAGGUGGUAGACACUCUUUGCCGGCUGAGGAUAAAGCUACUACAGCCAGUGAAACAUCAACAACAUCAUUUCAAGACAUACGUAAUCACGCUGUAGAACCCAGCAGGGAUAGUGAAUAUGUACCUGUUAUAAUCAGUGUUGUGGCCGUUUUAGUAGUUGCUUGUAUAGCUGUUCUGUGUGUACACAAGUUCCUUCUGAGGAGAAAAGGCUCAUAUGACACCAGAGAAGACCUGAAGCCGGAGUUAUUACAGUUCCAAAAUCUUUAGGUUGCCUGCCCGACUGAGCUUUGCAAAUGGAACCAGUCCCAUCUGAUAAACAGCCUCUGGGAGCCGACAGGGACGUGCCAACACACUGCAGCGGUGCCUCUCUGAGUCGAUGCUGGGGGGGAGGGGGCUCACUUUAAUGUUAAUGCACUCAAAAAGGCAGAUAAUCAAAUGUAUAAGUAACAUAAUUUAAAUCUAAGGAUGAAAAGCACUUUUUUUUACGAUGUAUUUUUUUAAUGCCACAUUAUUUUUAACAGUUGUAAAUAGCUCGUGCCACCAUAGUAUUACCAUUUUGUACAUUAUUAUUUAUGUUGUAAACUGAAAUUAAAACACUUUAACAAUGCC